GACGUUCGCGGAGAGUGCAUGACGAUGGUGCCUCGUCGGACAGCGCGCUCGUGACGCGCGUGCACGCAUGGCGAUGCGCUGCCACUACGACGUGCUCGGCGUGCCGCGGACCGCCGACGAUGCGACGAUCCGCAAGGCCUACAAGAAGCUCGCCGUGGCGCUGCACCCCGACAAGGCGCAGCAGCGCGGCGAGGCCGCCGACGCCUACGUCGAGCAGUUCCGCGAGGUCCAGGGCGCCUACGAGUGCCUGAGCGACGCCGACGAGCGCGCCCACUACGACGCGCACCGCGACGAGAUCCUGCGGGGCGACGACGACGGCGCGCGCGGCGACGACGCGCCGCGCGCCGGCGGCGGCGGCGCGGAGCGUCGCCGCGCGUACCGCGACGACUACGCGGCGAACCUGUGGCCCUACUUCUCGCGCCGGGCCUACGCGAACUUCGACGACGACGCCGGCGGCUACGACGACGACGCGCGCGCGCGCGAGGCCGCGGCGGCGCUCGCGGUCGACGCGUCGUUCCGCGCGCUCGUGGCCCGCUUCUGCCUCGCGCUGCUCCGCGGCGUCGCCGCCCGCGUCCCCGCCGUGCGUGCCACGUGCGAGGGCCUGGCGCGCUUCAUCCUCGCGCGCGAGGCCGUGCCGCGGCGGCCGCCGGGCUUCUUCCCCUGCUACCGCGCCGCGUUCCGAGCGGUGAACGAGUGCGAGCGCCUCGCGUCCCUCGCCAACGGCGACGAGUGCCAUUUUUUGCCGG